CGGCCACUCAGUGAAGACGUCCUGCUUAGCUGCGAAUUUACUUGGAGCCCAUUGGUUCAUGUCUCUGUCAGUCACACGGGGCCUGGACAUGGCGGUUGCCGGCAGCUGGCAACCUCCCCGGCCCUGCGAGGACUACCGCGCUGAGUGGGAGCUCUGCCGCAGCGCCAGGCACAUCCUACACCACUACUACGUGCACGGCGAGCAGCCGGACUGCAGGCAGUGGCUGCGCGACCUGGCCAGCUGCCGCGAGUGGGAGGAGAGCCGCAGCCCCGAGGCCCAGCGAUCCCUCUGUGAGAGUGAGCAGACGCGGGUCCAGGCUGCACAGAAGCACAGCCUGGUGUGGACCUUGAGGCAGAGGCCCCCUGCAGACUGGAACCUCCCUCUACCACAGGAGAGGGACAAGUGAUGAGUGACAAGCAACCGCAGCCCUGCCCUUGACCUGGACUCGGACUAGCUUCCACCCGACCUGGAACACAGAGGAAGGCAUUUCCAGCUCUAACUGCCUGUUGCCUACCUGCAUCUGGGCAUCUCACCACUGUGAUAAGACACCUGUGUCCACAACUGCAGGCAGCCAAGCACUGUGGCAGGUACCUGUGAGCAGCCACAUUGGUCCAUCUUGUCCAUGCCACCUCCCGGAGAACAGCCACACCAGAGGUGGCAGUCCUGACGUGUGAGACCCUUAAGUGCACAGUGGCGGUCCUGACCUGUGUGGAUACAUGGCACAGUAGGCAGAAUAAGGUUGCUAAACGGUUCUGCUGCAAGUGGAUCUCCUUGACCAUGAAAAAUGGACCUCGGGGCCUUGGGUUUGGUGAUUUACUGUGUUAUUCAAGCAUGGAGCUCAGCCUUGCCCAGCUCCCCUGGAGAUAACAGUAGAGCAUGCUCAGUGGGCAGAACAACUUGCCCCUCUGCACCAGCCCCUUCUACUGGUUUUGCAGACUUUUACACAGUCUUGCAGGAACCACAGAAUCUGGGGCCAAGAGUUCAAGUCCAAGGAAUAUGGGAUUUAGACCUCCUGAUUUCUCCUUGUUGUUAAUGUAUUAAAAGCCAUUUCAGAUGUUGGAUUCCAAAAGCAACCCGAAAUUAAAGCCACAUUUGUUAUACUUUGCACCUGA